AUGGCGGAAGAGGUGGACUAUACGAUCUCCGAGCAUGAAAUGGAGCAGCUUGCAUCGAUGCCGCCCCCAUCCCAAGCGGAUGCCUUUCCCCUUGUGGACCUUGGUGAAGACACCUUACCAGUACUUAUGGCUUGGGUGGACUCGUUCGAGACAUGUCUGUUCGGCCCGAUCUGCUUAAUAACAGCGUUGCCAACAUCAUACUCAAGGACCGUUCACCAACAUGCCGUUGAAAUGUCCGCCUUGGCCCUACGCCUCCAUCGCGAGAGACAAAGAUACCAGUUUUUGACCUGCCUAAGUCGACAUAUGUACGCGAUAACCACACUGCUGGCUGGCAUGCCCACCCCUCGUCGAGCGCAACAAUGGAUCCUUCGCAUGGAGGCCAGAGUGGCAUCGUUGGCGUAUCUGCUGCAUCAUGUCCGUCCUGGCGACGACUUUGGUUCGCUGGGGGUGUUUGCUCCAUCCCACUUCGUAUCUCAGUCGGCGUAUCUGCCCCAUCUCAAGACGUUCCAGGAUUUAUGGUGGUCCCCACUGUGA